GGGGCUGAGCAUCCACCUCGGCUCACUCACCCCACCGAGCUCACUGGCAAUGGCGACCUGCACCAAGCUCGUGGCUCUUGGCUUCGCCGUCCUCCUGAGCAUCGGGUUCUCCGAUGCCGCGAGGGUGGUUAAGUUCGGCAGCUACGCCUCUGCCGGAGGCGGCGGUGGCGGUGGGGGAGGCGGCGUCGGGUCGACCGGCGGUGGAUGGGGCGGUGGCUCUGGCGGUGGCGGCGGUUAUGGUGCCGGUCAGACUAGCGGCAGCUGGUGGGAUCGUUUCGCCUCCAGCGUAGCUGGCGGUGGCGGUGGAGGACAGGGCGGCGGCGGUGGUACCAACGGUGGAGCCGGCUCCGGCGGCGGUUCCGGCUAUGGUUCCGGCAGCAGUUCGACUGCAGCGGCAGGCCCUAUCAGCGGCAACUACGCCAACGCUAAUGGCAACGGCGGCGGCGGCGGCAUGGGCGGUGGUGCCGACGGCGGCUACGGUUCUGGUGCCGGCGGUGGUGCUGGCAAGGGACAGGGCGAGAGCGGCGUUGCGUUGGCACCAACUGGUGUCUACAACGGUGGCGUUGCCGAUGCUACCGGUGGCGGUUCCGGCCAAGGUGGUGGCAACGGCGGUGGCGCAGCCGGAGCUCCAAGCUACGGAACCGGAGGUGGUAUUGGUGGAGGCAGGGGAGAGUCCGGCAGUGACGGCUCCUGGGGCUCAGGUUUCGCUCAGGGCAUUGGUGCCGGCACCGGCGGCGGUGGCGGCGGCGGUUCCCAGGGCGGAUCUGGCGGUGGCGGUGGCGUCGGUUCCGGAUCCGGCAGCGCUGGAAUCCACUAGGAUUUCCCUAGCUUCUCGGAGCAAACUGCAGAUGAUGGAGCCCAGCAUUAGCGUCAGUCCAUUUUGGUAUCCUCCGUGCAAUUGAGUUUUGUUUGAGAGUUGGUGGGUUUUUUUCCCUUGUUUGUUUCAGGCUUAGUGGUCAGAAAUAAUGGGCUUCUUGAUUGUAGUUCGAGUAGGUAGUCCAGCAUGCAACUGAGAUGUAAUGGCUAUCUACUACUAUGCAUGGUCAUCUUUUGUUGUUCCCUUCCUUGUAAACCGUUUCUCAUCGAUUAUCAAUGGGUGCUACUAGUUUUUUUGCUUUUCCAAACCAAAAUCUACUGGCACCCUUGGUCUC